AUGGCCGACCUUGCUGACAUUGAUGACGGAGAUCUUCCAGAGCCUUCGCUAAAGAAUAUUAUUGAUCAAACCACACUGCAAUGGGUCUUUGUGGGAGGAAAGGGUGGAGUCGGAAAGACUACUACCUCUUGUUGCUUGGGAGUUCAGCUUGCCAAGAGUCGCAAAAAGGUCCUGUUGGUUUCCACAGACCCCGCACACAACUUGAGCGAUGCCUUUUGCCAAAAAAUUGGUCGCGAACCCACUCCCAUUGAAGGCUUUGACAAUUUGUCCGCCAUGGAGAUUGAUGCCAACAAUGACAUGGAAGAAAUGCAACGCAACAUGAAUGAUCAAGGCAGCGAGGAAGCAGAUGGUGGUUUGUCCGCCAUGAUGUCGGAACUCACCAACAGCAUUCCGGGGAUUGACGAGGCCAUGUCAUUUUCGGAACUCAUGAAGCAAGUCCAAGGCAUGGACUUUGAUGUCGUUGUCUUUGAUACGGCACCUACUGGUCACACUCUGCGUCUUCUUUCCUUUCCUACCAUUUUGGAAAAGGCUCUUGGAAAAGUCAUGGAACUAAAGGACCGAUUUGGAGGUUUGAUUGGACAAGCCACGGCCAUGAUGGGAGAAAAUCCAGGAGCCACUCAAGAUGCUAUUUUGGGACGAUUGGAAGAGACACGAACUGUCAUUAACAAGGUCAAUGAUAUGUUCCAAGAUCCUGCCAUGACUACCUUUGUCUGCGUCUGCAUUCCGGAAUUCCUUUCCAUUUACGAAACGGAACGAUUGGUCCAAGAACUUUCCAAAUUUGGAAUUGAUUCCCACAACAUUGUGGUCAACCAAGUGCUAUUCCCAGAAAAGGAUGCGGAAGAAUUGGCCGAAUGGUACGCCAAGACCAAGGACAGUCUGCCAAAUGAGGCAAGAGAAAUCUGCUCCAAGAUGAUGGCCCGAAAAAGGAUGCAAGACAAGUACAUUGGACAAUGCUUUGAUCUUUACGGAGAGGACUUUAAUGUUACAUUGAUGCCUCUUUUGGAUUAUGAAGUCAGGGGUGUGGAACGAUUGAAGGAGUUUUCCGAAUUUUUGACCAACCCUAUCGACAUGGAAGAGUAA